UUGGCGGUCAGAAGCCUGAGCUAGGAAAUGCCAAGUCAUGAUGGCUGGGCCUUACCAGCCCCUCUCUUCCACCUUUCGGACCCUGCCUAUCUCUCUGUAAGCCCAUAGGUCACUUUCCCCUGAGCCUUACUAUUGGACAAUUUCCAAAACCCCUGCAGGGUAUAUAAACCCCUAUUUCUUCCUGGUUUGGUAGAACAGCUGUCACUGGGAAUCUUCGUGGACCAAUACACAAUUCUUCGGAACCUCACACAGCUUUCUCCUCCUCUCUCUCCCUGCGUCUGCUGCUGCGGCACCGGCAAGCUAAAGAGCUGAUAAUCACUAAAAGCUGAAAUCACUUAAGCUUGCUUAGGUUUUCUGCGGCUGGGAGCUGCUUGGGAAUUCGGACGCCGUGCUGAGAGCCUCCCUAAGCCACCCUGGCCAAGGCAGCCCACCGGGCAUAGCCCGGCUGGAAACCACUGCAAUAGGUGUGUAAGGCUCAGGUGUUGGUAAUUAAUUUUGCCCAGUCUUCAAAGGGGAAAAUUAAUAGAAUUACUUUGAUAGCUUCUGUCUGUCAAGAGAAAAGAUGUGACAGAAGCAUCUCAUGGCACAUUCCACUGCCAAUAUACUCCCCAAAUCUAAUCAUUACACAUAGGGGUCGACUCAAACACCAAGAGAAUACUUUUAUGAGCUUGGUCUGCAACCUUGAAAUGUCAGCAGGGAAACUUGAACUCCUGUGCUUUUAGUUUUUCUCACCUGUGUCCGGAAGGCUUCAGAUAGUGUUUCAUACUUAAAGCAUGGAGUGCUGGGACUGUGGAGGAUACAGGCUGAGACUGAGAGGUCUUUUUGGUUGCCUACUCUGGGAAACAGAUGUGGUACAGAUUAAACUAGCAGUGCUGUGCUGUGUGAACAUUCACAAAUGUGAAUGUUUGCUGGUUUCUGGCUAUCUAUAUGACUUUGUUUCCUCAUCUUAUUCAGGAGUGGCCUCAGCUGUGUUUCUGGGUGAUAGAAUGUAUUUUGUAUUUUUCCUCACAGAAGUCACAGGAGUCUCUGUGUUCAGGGGUAGGGUGGUGGUUGUUUUGCUUGGCAAGUCACAGAUUAACCUGUGUACUGCACACAUGGAUGCAAGUGUGUGUCACAGCUCAUCCCCUCACACUGAAGAGGACAGAAGCAAGCAGCGAGAGGCAGCAAUUUGUCAGCUGGUAAAAUUCCAAUUCAGUGAAUAUGACCAAAGUUUUGGAAGCGGAACAGUGAGCUUUCAUUUUUCAGAAUUUUCUCUGUUCCUCUGAUGAAAACUCAGGAACAACAUCUUUUUUUCCAUGAAUCCUCUUACUGUUCCCCGUCUACAGACCCUCUCUUCUCCUUGAACACCUGACUUCUGUCACAUAAAAGUAAUAGGUCUGGAAAAGGAUGCGGAUCUGAAGUGGAAGAGGCAGUACAAGCCUCAUGCCAAGGGAAGGAGGUACAGGUUGUUAUGGAACUCAGUCUCCCCAGGAAGAGAGAAGGUGCCCAGGCAGGUGAGGUAUCCAUCCUGCUGGUUUUCCUGGCUGCUGCACCCAUCCUGCCCUGGGUCUUAGGCCAGAAGAGCUGGCAGCACUUUCCCAGUAAUGCUGGGAAAGAAGUAAGAGUUCGGGAGCUCCUGCACAACCCAUAAGCAGGAGCUCAACAGGUUUGAGUUUCAUGACUUCAGACAGCUCCUAAUAUUAGAAAGAGAGACAUACACAAAGAUAGCAGAGAAGUCAAUGAAGGUGGAUCAUUAUCUGCAAUUUUAAACUGGUCUCUUUUCCUGCCAUGAUGGUGAUAAUGAUGGCAAUGAGGAUGCUUUUGAAUGGCCUAUGGGAAAUAUGAAGCCCAAGUAAUAUAUUUGAUUGCUGACGAUCAAGCAAAAGCAAGAACCCAAGUUUAUCACAAGGAUAUCUGUUUUGGAUAAAUCUGUUCCAAGUUCUUCAUAAAAGAUGCAAAGCUCUCGACUCUGAGAAAUAGAGAUUGCAUAAAACUGGCUGCUGUCUUCUAUACGUGAAGUCUCAUUAUGUGACAACAAUGCCCUGCAGUGCUACAGCUUGAGUGCAAAGUGGAAACUGCCCGGCAGGAAAGGACCCAGGAGUGCUGGUCAACAGCAGCUGAACAUGAGCCAGAUGUGCUAGGUGUCAGAAAGGCCAGCAGGACCAGGACAGUGAUUGUCCCCCUGCACGUGGCACUGCUUUCAUAGGUCCCAACUGAUAAAUGAAACAGAGGAGAGGAUAACACAAAGCAAAUGAAAUAAAUUAUGUGUUUGAGCACAGAGGAGUUCCUGAGAUGAUUUGCACUAUGUUUGGGAGAGUUGGGAGUCUGCUAUGUAGGAUUUUGAAUUGCAUUCUCUAUCCUUUGUUUAUCCAGAAGGUCUUGUGAGCCAGUUGCAUUGAAAGGGUGGGAUUUUCAAUAUUUUUGUCUCAUGACUGCAAGCCUUUUUCUACAAUGGCUGCACUGAUAUUCACUGGAAAUCUUGACAAUAUAUAGAAUGAAAAUUGUAACAAUCUAAUUUCGAAUGACGAGGAAAUGAUGAAAAAGUUAGCUGUUACAGAAGGUAACUUGUAUUUCCUGUAAUCCCAAGAAUAGUACUUUGCUGGAAUUUACUUUUUACAAAAUCUACAAAACUGAAAGAGUUAAUUUUUUAACAGGUAUAACUAAAUAGCAGCCUUAAUAUACUUAGAGGCUAUUUUAUUGUUGGAUGGAACUUGCAUUUUGUCACUAACUUAUCUGUUCAGAUUUUGACUCAGAUUCUUUGCAUUUUUGUUUAUAUCUUUAUGGUUAAAUUAUUAGAUCUAUAGAUUUACAGUGACAUUUUACAAACAUAUAGGUCUGCAACCAUAUUUUUCACUUGUGAAAGAGUUGAAAGCAAUCCUUGAAAUGUGUUUACAGCUCACCCAAUUAUCUUAAAAGCAUAUCCUUUUAAAAAAAUUGCUUCCUCUACAAACUGCUGGAAACCUUAGCCUUAAGACGAAAAUGGUUCUGCUGGUGGAAGGCUAUUUUGAAACUUCAAUAGAUUAAUUUAAAAAUUUGUUAGAUCUUAUUUUCUUUUAAGGUCUGGUGAUUUACUACAGCAGUUAGCAAGUUUAGUUACGUACAGACACGGGCUGAGAUUUAUGAACAUUUCCCAAGCAUUGUAAGGGUAGCUGAUGCCGGAUUACAAAGUUCAAGGCAUUACACAUUUUUCAGCACAGCCUAGGUUCCUGUCUAAAUUUACCUCCUUCUGCUACUUGGGGCGUGUUAUCAUGCACACGCUAGGUCUUUUCUUGAAAAUGUGUUUCUGGUUCAGCUUCCUUGCUCCCGAGACUUUUCUAUUUUGGUUCCCAGUGUCAUGUGAUCCCCCUGGCCAGUGAGAGCCCCGCAGAGGGAAUGGCAACAGCCUGCUGGGAGCAAUGUGGACUGCCAGCUGCCGAUCUCGCUGUUGACAGUAAAAGCAGAUAUGUUCCUUGCUCACUGCCACUAGUACUGACCAUGACCCUUCACACCAAAACCUCUGGAGUUACCCUGCUGCACCAGAUUCAAGGCACUGAACUGGAGACACUGAGCAGACCUCAGCUGAAGAUUCCCCUGGAAAGAUCGCUCAGCGACAUGUACGUGGAGACCAGCAAGACAGGAGUUUUUAACUACCCAGAAGGAGCCACCUAUGAUUUUGGUACUACGGCUCCCGUCUACAGCUCUACCACGCUCAGUUAUGCUCCUACAUCUGAAUCUUUUGGGUCCAGCAGUCUGGCAGGAUUUCACUCCCUGAACAGUGUCCCACCAAGCCCGGUGGUGUUCUUGCAAACGGCACCCCAGCUGUCACCCUUCAUCCAUCAUCACAGCCAACAGGUACCCUAUUACCUUGAAAAUGAUCAGGGCAGCUUUGGGAUGAGGGAAGCUGCUCCUCCAGCCUUCUACAGACCGAGCUCGGAUAACAGGCGCCACAGCAUCCGGGAGAGGAUGUCCAGCAGCAGCGAGAAGGGGAGCCUGGCCAUGGAGUCCACCAAGGAGACGCGGUACUGUGCCGUCUGCAACGACUACGCCUCAGGGUACCACUACGGGGUCUGGUCUUGCGAGGGCUGCAAAGCCUUUUUCAAAAGGAGUAUCCAAGGGCACAAUGACUACAUGUGUCCUGCCACUAACCAGUGCACCAUUGACAAGAACAGAAGGAAGAGUUGCCAGGCCUGCAGGCUGAGGAAAUGCUACGAAGUGGGAAUGAUGAAAGGGGGAAUCCGGAAAGACCGCAGAGGUGGGCGAGUGAUGAAACAAAAACGCCAAAGAGAGGAGCAGGAUUCCAGGAAUGGGGAGGCUUCUUCAACAGAGCUGCGAGCUCCCACCCUUUGGACAAGUCCACUGGUGGUUAAACAUAACAAGAAGAACAGCCCUGCCCUGUCCCUGACAGCAGAACAGAUGGUCAGUGCCUUGCUGGAAGCUGAGCCACCCGUAGUUUAUUCUGAAUAUGACCCAAACAGACCAUUCAAUGAAGCCUCUAUGAUGACCCUGUUGACCAACCUUGCAGACAGAGAAUUGGUGCACAUGAUCAACUGGGCAAAAAGAGUUCCAGGAUUUGUGGAUUUAACACUCCAUGAUCAGGUCCAUCUACUGGAAUGUGCCUGGUUAGAAAUACUGAUGAUCGGCUUAGUCUGGCGCUCCAUGGAACACCCAGGAAAACUUUCGUUUGCACCUAACCUGUUACUGGACAGGAAUCAAGGGAAAUGUGUAGAGGGCUUUGUGGAAAUCUUUGAUAUGCUGCUGGCUACUGCUGCUCGGUUUCGCAUGAUGAACAUUCAAGGGGAGGAAUUUGUAUGCCUUAAGUCCAUCAUCCUGCUCAAUUCUGGUGUGUACACUUUUCUUUCCAGCACCUUGAAAUCUCUGGAAGAGAAAGAUUAUAUUCACCGUGUCCUGGACAAAAUCACAGAUACUCUGAUACACUUAAUGGCUAAGUCAGGUCUUUCUCUGCAGCAGCAACACAGACGACUGGCUCAGCUCCUCCUCAUCCUCUCUCACAUCAGACACAUGAGCAACAAAGGAAUGGAGCACCUGUAUAAUAUGAAGUGUAAGAACGUAGUUCCACUCUACGAUCUCUUGCUGGAGAUGCUGGACGCUCACCGACUGCACGCCCCAGCAGCCAGGAGUGCUGCACCCAUGGAAGAGGAGAACCGAAGCCAGCUGACCACUGCAUCAGCUUCAUCUCAUUCCUUGCAGUCUUUUUAUGUAAACAGCAAAGAAGAGGAAUAUGCAGAAUACAAUAUAAAGGGAAGUCAGCAUAUACAUUGGUAUGAGAAACCCAGCAGUGUUCUACCUAGCUCAUGCUUCAUUUCAUCUGCAGUGCCACCUUUGAAAACACUCCAGUGAACAGACACCAGCAUUUUCCAUAUGAGUGUUUGUCAAGCGCUUGCCUAAAUUGAUUGCUUAUCCUGAAUGGAAGACAUUUCAUUGCCAUGGACAGCCAGCAAGGAUUUUCUGGCUAACUUGAUUUAAAAUUUGUAGUGUUUUAAUUUAAUUUUGCAUGUAAUUUGGGUAAUUAAGUCCUCAUCUGAAGCAUACAUUCAUUUUACUAUAAAUUGAGAGGCCAUUGCACCCAUGCAUAUUGGUAUCUUCAAGAGUGGUGGUCUUUGUUAAUAGCCAUCCAAAAUCCUGAGCUCACUUAGUCCUUUACUUGCUUGAAACUUUGAAGCAGUUUGGUGGAGAUUCUGGAUGACUUCUUGGGCAGUGUGAGGAGAAAGCUGACUGGCAUCUUAGUGUGCCAUAGGGAAGCUGCACUGCAAGGGACUGCUUUGGUAGUCUAGUUAGAUUCCUGCCUCUUUUCUUCCUAGAGUAUAAAGGAACUGCUGUAUGAGAAUUAUAGUAUUUUACCUCGCUGGCUUGCAUCACCAGAAAACUCCCUUUCAACCUCAUUCUGACCAAAUGUUUAGGUACCCUUACCAUAUCCUCUAGAUUAAUUGCUUUGCAUGCAUGCUAUCUUGUCUGAUCCUAGAAAGCUAAAUAAUUUUGUUGCCCAAAAGUGUAAAUCCAGGGCAACAUGGCAAACAGUGAUAACAUAGAGAAUUACUCUUGAAUCAGACCAGAUUGUUACAAAAAUCAUCUGGUCUUCACACACAUACAGAAUCCAGCACUAUU